AAUCAGAUAAUCAAAUAAUCUUACUGCGUCAACUGAUAAAACGACUGCCACAUACAUAAUUAGGUCUGCAUAGCCUACACGGCGCUUCCGUUUAUGCCGUUAUUGGCGUUUCUUAUUUCCAUUUGUCAUCGUUAGAAUUGUACUACUUAUCGGUGUUAUUUAGAUAUACAUCCAUAUGGCUAUUGUAUAAUUACACUUGUUUAGAGAUAUUUCUCUGUGUAACUGCUUAGCUGGAAAACUGUUUUUUAAUUGAUGUAUCAUUGGUUUGGUUUCCAUAACUCUCAAACGCUUGACAGCAUGACAUUUGGCACAGACUGCCCUGCCGAGGUUAAGGGAGAAGCCGUGAGUGAAGAGCUGCGCAGCGACGACGCGGUGGAAGUGAAGGUGUCGCGGCGGCUGUGCAUGCGCCAAGUCGCCGACACCAUCAUCGCCCUGAAUAGGCUGAAGCAUAGGCAAAUGCUGAUGGGCACCAACUGCGUUGACAACAAGCUGCUGAUCGGCAUGAUGGAGAGUUUACUCGAGGACACAAUGUCCGACGCUGAUUUUGAAUUGUCACUGGCAUUGGACAGCAUGACAUUUGGCACAGACUGCCCUGCCGAGGUUAAGGGAGAAGCCGUGAGUGAAGACGUGCGCAGCGACGACGCGGUGGAAGUGAAGGUGUCGCGGCGGCCGUGCAUGCGCCAAGUCGCCGACAUCAUCAUCGCCCUGAAUAGGUUGAAGCAUUGGCAAAUGCUGAUGGGCACCGACUGCGUUGACAACAAGCUGCUGAUCGGCAUGAUGGAGCGUUUACUCGAGGCUGGAGCCAUUCAAAGUCACCAGACCUUUGUCAGGGACAAAACAUACGUGUAUUCUGUAACCGACCGAGAGAAGAGGACGCUGGUCAGGGCAGACAAACUACAUGCUGAGGGCCGCCUGGCCAUGAGCAUACGGGACAAAGAGUACUACCAGACAAUCGUAAAAUUGAGUUUAUCAACAUACAUGGCUUUCUACUGCACUGGUAACCGAGGCCAAGUCGUCACCCUGGGGAUCGCCAAUACCAACAGCUACAUGUUCUGUUCUAUGGAGUCAGGAUCAGAAAGAGCUAUUCUGCGGUUGAAGCGUGUGGACCAGGACUUGACAAAAAUCGCUUCCCAGGGAGAGAAGGCGUCCUUCCUGUUCUUCAAGCGACGUGAAGGCUUAUCCAGAAUUACCUUCGAGUCGGUCAAGUUCAGAGGCUGGUACAUUUGCACGGAGCCAGCCUCCGAGCCAGCCUCCGAGCCAGCCUUCGAGGCACCUCUGGCGAUGUGCACCAUGCAGGAGCAGGGCAACCGCACGAUCACCUUCAUGCUCAGCUAGAGUGAAUCGACCAAGCCUAUGGGCAUAUUUAAUUCAUAACCUCUCAGGUUCUUACACAUCAAGUUUAAGAUUGCUUAGAAGGUAGUGAAUGGGCCUGGGAUCACUGAUAUAAUGCAGUAAUGUUGCCUGUAACAUUCUCUGUUCCAGGGGAUAACACUUUGCUCUUAUAUUAUUUAUGCAUCAACGCCUGUAUAUCUCUAAGCAAGAACAUGGACAAUGUCCAAGAUUUUAA